GAUACUACUGGUAGUAAAUUUGCAGGGUUUGGGAUUUGUUAGGGUUUCGGUUUGGCGGGCUAGGAUGUCGGCCUCUUUGAUUGGGAGAAAUUAGAGAUUUUUGGUUUAGUCUGUUUGAUUCGGUUGAGAUGACUGACGGAAGUACUAGUAAUUAGGUUGCUAGGGCUGUUGUUAAGCUUAGUAUAGGUACAAAUUGAGAUGACCGAGACCAUAUUUUAGUUGAAUCAGUAAAGUGUCGAAUUGGAACUCGAACUGAAGGAUGAUUCAGCUAGGGUAACGCAUGUAGUAACUAUUGGAAGAAAAAAAGUGGCUUGGGAGUUGGGAGGCUAAUUAUGAUCCUACAAUGUAAUGUGGUUCAUAAAAAAAAUGACGGCUUUGGUUGGGAGUCCGGACUGUGUACUCCUUUGACUGUGGGGUGUUGCCAGUUUUGUCAGAGAACCAACUGACAGACAGCAACGAGGUCGUGCUUCCUAGUCCCUACAUGCUUGUCUGUGUCACUUUUGUUAUGCCUGUAGAAAGUGGACCAUCUAGUGCUUAUAGAAAUAGUGCUAAAGUUCAAUAUCCCUCUCUGCUUUCCCAAGCCUAAUCGCCUAGGUGUCGAGGCGCUUAGUGGUGUUCGCCUCAGCUGUCGCCUCGCCUAAUUCGGGUAUGGCGUCCGCCUUGCCGCUCGUGGCGUUGCCUUAGCGUGUCGGGAUGCCAUAUUGCUCAAGGCGGACGGCGUGAGGCCGAACUAGCGCGCGGGAAAAUAGAGAGCACGUGUGGGGAAGCAGAGAGGGAUCUUGGGCGGGAAAAAGAAAAGAAAGAGGCAUGGAGAGCGUGCGCGCGAGGAAAGUUUUGGAGGGUAUGUGCCACCAUCGGUCCAGAAGAUUAGAAAGAACACCCCAAACCACUCACCAGAUCUGCCGUCGCUGCCCGUAUGCUGCCGCCGCCUCCCUAGCCUUCGGCCCUCCUCUGCUCAGUCUGCCCUUCGCUGGUCUGUGGUUGCCUCCCUAGUUCCCACCUCCUCCGAUGCUCCACACUUCGGUCCAGCAUGCCUCCUACCCUCCUCUGCCGUCCGCCGCCAUCGCCUCCUACCGUGCCCUCCUCUGCUCAGUGCCUCAGUAUGCCGGAUCUGUGAUCUGCUCUGCUGUGGUGCGUGGACUCCUCCGCAGGCCGCAGCGGCGCCAGCACAGCUCCUCUUCCACUGUCCACUGGACUGGAUUGUGUCAUUGUGGAAGCUCUCAAAAUGGACAGUUUGCAGAAGCUUUGUUCGUCGCUCGAGCCCGUUCUCCGAAGAGUUGUAAGCGAAGAGGUAGAGCGUGCUUUAGCCAAGUUGGGUCCUGCUAGAAUUCAGGGAAGAUCCUCUCCCAAAAGAAUUGAAGGUCCUGAUGGGAGAAAUCUUCAGCUUCAAUUUAGAAGUCGGUUGGCUCUUCCAAUCUUUACUGGAGGAAAAGUAGAAGGUGAGCAGGGAGCAGCAAUACAUGUUGUGCUACUGGAUGCAAACACUGGAUGUGUUGUUACUUCAGGACCUGAAUCAUUUGCAAAACUGGAUGUCCUUGUGCUUGAGGGCGACUUUAAUAAAGAGGAAGAUGAGGGUUGGACAGAAGAAGAGUUUGAAAGUAACAUUGUCAAGGAGCGUGAAGGGAAGAGGCCUCUUUUGACAGGUGACCUGCAAGUGACUCUUAAAGAAGGUGUUGGAACCAUAGGAGAGCUUAUCUUCACUGACAACUCUAGCUGGAUAAGAAGCAGGAAAUUCAGACUUGGGCUGAGGAUUGCCCCUGGCUUUUGUGAAGGUAUUCAUGUUAGAGAGGCCAAGACAGAAGCUUUCCCUGUUAAGGAUCACCGAGGAGAAUUGUACAAAAAGCACUACCCACCUGCCCUAAAGGAUGAUGUUUGGAGAUUAGAGAAGAUUGGCAAGGAUGGUGCGUUCCACAAGAAGUUAAAUGGGAGUGGGAUCUAUACAGUUGAAGAUUUCCUCCAGCUUCUUGUUAGGGAUCAGCAGAGGUUACGAAGUAUUCUGGGCAGCGGCAUGUCAAAUAAGAUGUGGGAGAGCCUUGUUGAGCAUGCAAAGACUUGUGUCUUAAGUGGAAAGCAUUAUGUGUAUUAUGCUAGUGACACAAGAAAUGUGGGUGCAAUAUUCAAUAAUAUCUAUGAGUUUAUUGGUUUGAUUGCUGAUGAUCAGUUCAUUUCAGCUGAAAAUCUCACAGACAACCAGAAGGUCUAUGCUGAUGCAUUGGUAAAGAAAGCAUAUGAGGAUUGGAUACAUGUUUUAGAAUAUGAUGGCAAGGCACUCUUGAGCUUCAAGCAGAAAAAGAAAUCUGUCACAACAAGAAGCGACACUGCAGCAGCUUCAACAAGCAAUCCUACUUCAUAUGGUUUGGCCAGUUCACAGAAACAAUUGUCACUGCCAACAAAAGCUGGACAACCUUCCACAACAGGUACUAUGAAUGAAGCAGAUGGAACUAGAAAUGCAUAUAAUGGAAACCAGGCAGCAAGAUACACAACCAACACUCAUAACAUUCCUGCAGACAUCACCAUGCAGUAUGAUAGGAGUUCACUGUCGCCUGAAAGCCAGUUUAGUGGUCCAUCCCUUCAGACUCAACCUUCAAGAGGCUCCAAUAUGUUAGCAUUAGGACCUCUGCAGCAACAGCACCAAGGUUUUGAAUUCCCGGCACUUGGCCAGUCAGUGCAGUCAGCAGGCCUGAAUCCUUUUGAUGAAUGGCCACAGCCGCAGGAGAACCGUGGUGGGGUUGAUGACUACUUGAUGGAGGAGAUCAGGAUGAGGAGCCAUGAGAUACUAGAAAAUGAUGAAAUGCAGCAAAUGUUGCGGAUUCUGAACAUGGGUGGCCCAGGCCCAGCGACAAACCUGACUGAAGAGGGCUUCAAUUUUCCUUCUUACAUGACUGCACCUUCCCCGACUUCAAACUUUGAGGAUGACCGUAGUCGCGCACCCGGGAAAGCUGUUGUUGGGUGGCUGAAAAUCAAGGCUGCUAUGCGGUGGGGCAUCUUUGUCAGGAAGAAAGCAGCUGAGAGAAGAGCUCAGCUUGUUGAGCUAGACGACUAGCAAGUCUAUUAGCAGCGGGGAGCACCCGCUCUACGGCUGGUCUUGUAAGAAAGCUUCAUUGAUGUUUGGGGAUCCGGAUGGACAGUUUAAGUCACGAGCUUAAUUGUGGACGAGCUCUUAUUCGUUUUCCUUUUUCCUGUAUAGCUCUUUCAACAUUGCCAUGCUUUGUUUGUCACGUGUGAUGUCUAGUUAUUCCUGUUAUGAUCCUUACCCUGAACUGUGUACAUUAUUUGUUACAGAACUCAAAACAGGCAUUAAACAUGGCGUUUGGCCAUCCUUUAUUGAGGUUAAACAAA